AUGUUCGAAGUAUCACUUGUCGCACUCCCCGUUCUGGGACCGGUCCAAAUAACCAGCCUGGUCAUCGGUCUUCUGCUCGUGGUAUACAUAUCCUACAUAUUAUAUUUCCAUCCCCUUUCGCAAUACCCCGGCCCAAAAAUAGCUUCGUUGACGAGCCUCUGGAGGGCAUAUUACGUUUACAAACUAGUUCUUCACGAGAAGCUAGUUGAGCUGCACCAGCAGUAUGGCCCCGUCGUCCGAAUCGGUCCUAACCAUCUCCAUUUCUGGGAUGGUGAAGCUAUCGCCCCAAUCUACAAGGGAGGUAGGAAAAUGGGAAAGACGGAGUUUUAUGAUGCAUUUACGGCAUUUAACCCCAAUCUAUUUGGGGGCAGGGAUGAAGAUGUAAAAAAGGCACCUCCCGAUUUGAUCAGACCACCCGCUGAACAAGAACAGGUCCAUUCCCUUCGUCGACGACAACUAGCCCACGGAUUCUCACAAGCAUCUGUCGAGAAUUUCGAGCCUCUCAUCAAUGGCCACAUAAAGAUCUUACUCAACAAACUCAAUAAAUUUGCACAGACCGAAGAGGUCUUCGACCUGAAGUCUACCAUCUCGUACUUCGUCCUUGAUAUCCUGGGCGAGGUCGCCUUCAGUCGACCUUUUAAUGCCCAAGUCAGAGGAGAAGCAGAUGAAAUACACGCAAUCAACGACCACAUUCUCUUAUCCUGCGUAGUUGGUGAACUUCCCUUCCAGGCCCUGUCAACGUUCCUAGCGCGAUGGUCGCCCGUUUCGUGGAUGAGAAAACUAGGAAAGAGCAGAAAUAACCUCAAAGCCACGUGCUCCGAGUGUGUUAGCAACAAGAUCAACAAUGCAUCCGACCGUCGAGAUCUGCUCCAAAGCCUUGUGACUGCGAAAGACGUUGAAACUGGUGCUAGUCUCACCGAGCAAGAAAUCAAUUCAGAGGCAUUUGCUAUGCUGUGA